GCCCCAGCCGCCGCCGCCGCCGCCGCCCGCCCCCGCCGCAGUCCUAUGGUCUUUCCCUAGAGCUUCGCUGUUGGGGGCAGCUGUUGCGGCCCUGUGGCUUGGUCUGCCCAGGACGGCAGCGACAUGGAGGAAUUCGACUCUGAAGACUUCUCCACUUCGGAAGAGGACGAAGACUACGUGCCGUCUGGUGGAGAGUAUAGUGAAGAUGAUGUAAAUGAAUUAGUGAAGGAAGAUGAAGUGGAUGGUGAAGAGCAGACACAGAAAACCAAAGGGAAAAAAAGAAAGGCUCAGAGCAUUCCGGCCAGGAAGAGAAAACAAGGCCUCUCAUUAGAGGAAGAAGAGGAGGAUGCCAAUGAGGAAUCUGGAGGAAGUAGCAGUGAGGAGGAAGAUGCAGCUGCAGAACAGGAAAAAGGCAUUGGGGCAGAAGAUGCAAGGAAAAAAAAGGAGGAUGAACUGUGGGCCAGUUUCCUCAAUGAUGUGGGACCAAAAUCAAAAGUGCCUCCGAGUACACAAGUUAAAAGAGAAGAGGAGACUGAAGAAACAGGUUCAAGUAAAUUGUUGGUCAAAGCAGAAGAGCUAGAAAAACCUAAAGAAACAGAAAAAGUUAAAAUCACCAAGGUGUUUGAUUUUGCUGGUGAAGAAGUCAGGGUGACUAAGGAAGUGGAUGCUACAUCUAAAGAAGCCAAAUCCUUCUUCAAGCAAAACGAGAAAGAAAAACCACAGACUAAUGUCCCUGCAGCUCUGCCGUCGCUUCCUGCCGGGUCAGGAUUAAAGAGAUCAAGUGGCAUGAGCAAUCUUUUGGGGAAAAUUGGAGCCAAGAAGCAGAAGAUGAGCACCCUGGAGAAGUCCAAGCUGGACUGGGAGAGCUUCAAGGAAGAAGAGGGCAUUGGCGAAGAGCUCGCCAUCCACAAUCGAGGGAAGGAAGGACACACCUUUUCCCACAGGAGGAUGUAUGUGUGCAGGGUACAUAGCUUUCUCUGCUGCACCAGCUCAGCACACCACCAAGGUACAUUGAACGGAAGGCUUUUCUAGACCGAGUGGAUCACAGGCAGUUUGAAAUUGAGCGAGAUCUCAGGCUGAGCAAAAUGAAACCCUGAUGUGAUGGGGAGCGUAGAGCAGCAUAAUCCUGUUUACAACGUGAGCUUCUUGUCUGUGAAAUGUUCUUGUGUUUCUCAACUGUUUCCCAGUGAGAUCUUUUUUCUACAUCAAAUUUCUGUCUUUGUAUCUUGAUCCCAUGUGGUUUCAUUCAUUUCACUUUUAAAAAUUUGCCCUUAAAAGCAUACAAAUAAAAAAAUACAAGUUGGUCCUGA